AUGAGCGAGAGCUCGAGGGGUGCUUCUCAUGAGGCAGACUCGAGCCUGGCCCAGUCACCGGCAAACUCGAGAGAUCCUAGUGUCCAGCCAAACAACAACUACGAGGAAGGACGCAUCACUGUAAGUGUCCGCGUGCGGCCGCUGAAUGCACGCGAGAUGAAGCUGAACGCCGGGAGCUGUAUCACUCCACUCGCAGCGUACAACACUCUCUACAUCCUACCGCCAGGGGGGUCGGAGCAGGAUGUGAAUGCGCUGCUCGCCGUCGACCCACAUCUGCGCGGCACUCGCCACCACCGCUUCACCUUUGACUAUGUCUACCCAGUGGAUUCCACACAGGAGCAGGUGUACGAGCAGAUCGGGAGACCGGUGCUACAGUCCAGCUUUCGCGGCUACCACACAUGCAUUUUCGCCUAUGGCCAGACGGGCAGUGGGAAGAGCUACAGUAUGAUGGGCGCAGAUGGCGGCUGCUCCAUCGACAAUGCACCGGGUAUUAUACCGCGCCUCUGCCGUGAAAUGUUUCUCGAGAUGGACAAGGUAAAGCAAGCCGCCUUGGCGAACGAGGAGAACGUUGACUUUAGCGUCUACGUCAGCUACCUGGAAAUCUACCGGGAACGUGUGCGCUCUCUCUUGAACGAGGUACACGAUGCCAGUAUUGUGACAGGCGGCAACGUGGAGUACGGGUCCCCCCCGCCGCGGGCCACAUCGGGGUCUCUGCGUCGCCAGGGCUUGCUUCACGCGGCUGACUCGGCGGAUGCUGCUCUGCGAGUGCGCGAGCACCCAACCCUUGGCGUCUAUGUCGAAGGACUCACCGAAAUCUCCGUGACGAGUGAGGAGCAGGUGCUACGACUCAUGGUGCGAGGGAAUCAGCGCCGGCACGUGGCAUCGACUCGCAUGAAUGAAACGUCGAGCCGUUCGCAUGCCAUCUUUACGCUGCAGCUGCUGCAGAACCGUACACACGCCGUCCCGCCCGGCGAGGGCGGUGAAGGCGGCUCCGGCAGCGCGAUCACAGGGGCACCAGUCACCACUGUGGCGACAAUGACGAAGCAGCUGGGUGCCAAGAUCAACUUGGUGGAUCUUGCCGGCAGCGAGCGUGUCAAGGCAACCGGGGCUGAUGGCGACACCCUCAAGGAAGGCGCGCAGAUCAACAAGUCUCUUACAACACUCGGCAUUGUCAUCAAUGCCUUGGCCGCCCAGUCCACCGCCACCACCAGGAGUUCUGCCGGACAGUCGCCAAUGAAGUCCGCUGCUGCAUCGAAGCGGCACAUCCCCUACCGAGACUCGACACUCACCUUCCUCUUGAAGGAGUCCCUGGGUGGCAACAGCAAAACCUUCAUGAUUGCCACCGUUAGCCCCAGCGCAGACAGCUACGACGAGUCGCUGAGCACACUCCGGUACGCAGAUAGGGCCAAGUCCAUCGUGAUGAAGGCGUUCGUGAAUGAAACGGCCGGCGACAAGCGAAUACGAGAGCUGGAGGAGGAGGUGGUACGGCUCCGCGAGCAAAUCCGCUCGCUGCUUAGUGCCGAGACGAGGCGCUCCUCCACUCCAAUGGCGACGCCAGCAGCAAGACCUGUGGUGCUCGCGGACAGCGACUCCUCUCAUCAGUCUUUUUUUGUCAGAGGCGGUGACGGCAACGCUGCCGAGGACAACUGGAUCGACCAGGACAAGAGUGACAGCCGUGAGACGAGCAUGGCGCACUCAUCGGGAGCCGGUAGGGAGGUGGCAAUCGUGCUCGAUGGUGAAGCGGAGCUGGCGGCCCCGCCCGCCGGCUUGAACGACCAUGCGAGCAGGGGCGUGGAGGUAUCAGAGCCAGCGUCACCAGUGGCGGACAGUCCUGUGACUUCCCGCGCCGAGUUUGUGGCAACGCUGAAGUCGGAGCUGCAUCGUGCAGAGGAAAUGAUUCGGCAGCUUUCUGCGUCCGUAGAAGAGCGCAACGCGCACACUAUCCAGCUUGUGAGGCGGCAUGAGGAGGAGCAGGCGGUGAUGCGGGCUAUGGUGGCGGCGGUGGCAACCAAGGACCCCGAGAAUAGUACCCCCGGUGCAGUGACGGCGACGAUGCGGCUUUGUCGCGAUGAGCCGUAUCUGCUAAACAUGGACGGGGCGGGUGACUGGGUUGUCGCGCAUCUUGGGCCCGGCGAGACGCUUGUAGGGGUGUUUCCGCCCAACGGUGACGCCGCGAAUGACACUGGAGCGGCGACAUCUGCCACGAAGGAUAAUAAGGGAGAUGAGAUCGACAGCCCGUCGACGUCUUUUGACUCAUCCCUCGUGCUGCCAUCGUAUCAUGCCGGCUCUGACGCCGAUGCGAAUGAGGCGGCGCCCGAUGAAGGUGCCGAGGUGCGAUAUGUUCGGCUGCCAAGGGAGUUUAGCGAGGGCGUUGGUGGGCCGCACUGCACCCUUGAGCGCUUCAAGGCGACGGACAGUGCCGCGACGCCUAGCUCGACAACGACACUAAGAGCGUACGCGGGGUACGAGACGUACGUAAUCCGCCCCAUGAACCGUAGCCCGUUUGUCGUCAAGGACGGUGACACGCUCCUGCUACAGAGCGGAGACGUGCUGGACAUAGGUGCCCACCACAUCCAGCUCAAGUACAUGGACCCUGCAGAGCCCCCAGUGACUGCGCGUGAGCGGCGAACAGUUCGCAUUGAGACGACAACAUGCGUUGGCGAGGACGGCCAGAGUGUUGAUUGGGCUGAGAGCGAUCGCGGCAUGGGCCUGGCUGCGGCUGCGCCUGCCUCUGCAGGCUCCAAGGAGGAGGAGGCGUUGAUGCCGCUGCGGCGUUUUAUCGGCUCAUCUGAUGCGCACUUGGACGCGGAGGGCGCACAUGAGGAGGCGCGCGAGACACCCGGUGCGUCUGGGGACGGCGACGGCCGUGAGGGUGGUGGCAUGAAUACGACGUCGUCUUUCGAUCGGGAAUCCUUACAUUCGGUGUUCGACAACGAAAACUCGACCUCCGCCGCCGCCGAGUACAAUGAAGAGGACAUUGGCGGGCGGCGAAACAGUCGUGAGGCCGGUAUCGGCCCCACCAUGGCGACGCCGCAGUCGCCAUUUAGACCCUUCAUUCCCACCCUGGACUUGGGCAAAGCGCUCCCAGUGAACCGGCAGUCAAUGCUUCCGCCACAGCAGAUGCCCCAACGGCAUGACUCGGCGUCCGGUGUACCCUUCGACACGACGAGCGCCAACGCUGAGAAUUCGGCAUCCUCUGUCCUACUGUCGGACUCGGAAGUCCACUCAACUGCGAACCCCUCGGUGAGCGAGGGCAUUAAGGCGCCUAGCCUCUCUAUCCCCCUUCAGCGCCGGCCGACGCCGGCAGCUGUUGCGGGUGUGAAGACGCGAAUGCCGAGCAAGCGUGCCCCGCAGACGGCGCACCUGAACUCCCACUCUGCGUUGUUCCCGUCAGAGUUGCAGUGGAUGCGCCUCAAGGUGGCGUCGAAGUCAUACCACAGUGAGCCUCCGCCACGCUUUGUGGGUCGCUACAAUCUCGUCCUCGUGGGGGCAUCCGGCAGCGGCAAGAGCAGCCUUGUGCGGAACUUGCAGACAGGGGACACGACAUGGCUGCAGUCUGCUUUAUCAACACUCAUGACGGCCGGGCGCACCUACACGGGGGCCGAUGCCCACGGCAACACACUCGCCUCGGCAGAGACGCAUCCCACAAUUGGCAUUAACACCACCAUCCUGACGGUCGCCGGCGCGACACCGAUGCGCCUUCACGUGUACGAGCUUAGCGGGACGCCGUGCUUUAGCCCACUACUAGACCAACUCCCAUCGCGCCGGGUGACAUACUUGUUAUGCUUCCCGCUAGACGGCGGACCGUCGCUCGUUGCCUUGCGCGGCAUUAUCGAGGACAUUUUGUGCCGCACAGACAGUCACACAGUGUCACUGGUGUUGGUUGCCACACACGCACACUACAGCACCGCUGCCCAUGGCAAAGACAGCAGCGGCAGCCUCUUCUCUCGCCGCCUUCCGGCCGUGCGACAGGAGAUGCUGCAAGCUCAGAUGGAAGAGGUGGAGAUGCAGGUGGUCAGUCUCGUUCAGAUGCUGCAGCCGUAUGCACAGCUGCGCCCUACCGUGGUGGGCCGGUUCGCAGUUGACAACGUGCACCGCCAAGUGUACUCAAUCGGGUAUCGGGCGGUGGAGGGGUUUCCCGAGUGGCUGCAGUGGCUCGGAGACCUAGCGCGUGACCGGUGCCGGGGUGAUGUGGAUUUCGCCAACGGACUCGUGCCUGCACGGUGCAUGGAGCUCAGCUGCCAGGUGGGUCUGCUGCGGGAGCUUGGCAAGUGGUGCCUGCCGCUGCGUGAUUUCAAGGCGCUGGCAACGGCAGUCAGUACGCAGUACGACACAGCUGAAGCCGCGAGCGCCUCCCUCGCCAAAGACACGCUGCGCCAGCAUGUGCAGCUGCUCGCAGACUGGGGCGUGCUGGCGCAUCGCUUCCGAAGCACACCGCUAUGUCGACAUGUGGUUCUUGAUGUGGCGUGGCUCUGCCGUGUGCUGACAACGCUGGCGUGCUGCGCGCUAGUCGGCGAAGCGGAGUUGGGUGGGGUCAGGACCGCGGAUUCCGCUACGAUAGUUGCCGCGGCCGGCAAGCGAGGCGCGGCGCUUCGGAAUCGAAAAGACCCGGCACUGCGUAUCUUGUUCACCCCCGAUGUGACGCGAAUCGUCGAUGUGAUGAAAGUCGCGAGUAUAGACACGGUACAUCUUCUUCGUUAUGGUGUCUUGCCGAUGCCCGUUCUCGUGACGAUGCUGGAGCCCCACUUCAAACCAUGUGACAGUAAAGGAGCUGCCGCCGCCGGCAGCGGCGGCCUUGAGGCAGGCACUAGUGCCGUGAGGAGAACAGACAACCUCGCCGUCGCUGACUUCGACCAGGCUACGAGCAACGUGCGCUAUAGCGUUCCGCUGGCUGGUGUACUCGAACUCCUUGUACUGUGCGACGCUAUCAUUCUGGGGCACAAGCUGCUCCUCAGCCCAUCCGCCGAGGAGGCGGUACGAGCUUCUACGACGUCUCCGCAGGAUUUAGUGGGGUGCCCACCCAGCCUUCCCGUCUCAGCCGCAUCACAGCAGCAAGGAGGCUGUGCCCACGAUGACGACGACCGCAGCCCGGAUGACAUCAACCCGGCGGAGGAGGGCUUUGUUGUGUACCCGCUGAGUUGUCGCACCCCCGCAUCUGCUGGCGUCACGUUGCUUUUCCCGUGCUUCCUUUCCGGUCCAUUCUACCUGUUCAAGCUCGACAUGGUUCCACGCAACUUCUUCCCGAAGCUCAUGUGCCGCCUAGCCACGGUAUCGGACAAGAUCUACCUCGGCCCUGUGCAGUCGCAGAGCUGGAGUUCACCAACGCAGUGGUGGGCAACGGAUGCGGCGCGUGUGCGAGGUGUUGUUGGCGGGAAAACACCGGCGACGCACGGCCCGUUCGACUCCUACUUUUCGGAAUGCGCUGGUAGGUCGUUUGUGCUGCCUCGAUUCUCGACGUACUGGACGGAGACCGCCGCGGAGGUCUCACCGCGACGGCGAGAUGGACUAUGGUUUGAUGCGGCAUGGCUGGUGUACAAGGACUCGGAGCACGACGAUGACUGCGAAGGCGACAACUGCCGCGUGCUUGUGCGGCUGGUACACCACAGUGUGUUCCUGUCUUUCCACUGUCACCAGGCGUGCUCGUCAUUGGGCACGAGCGGUGGCGGUGCUAGCCCUGGCGUUCAGGAUUUUUACGAAGCCGUUCUCGAAGUGGUCCGGCACGUGGUAGAGGAGUUCCCCGGAAGCAGAUGCAGCGAGUCUAUGCAGUGCUGUGUUGACCCUGUGAUACUGCUUGAGAUGGAGAUGAAGCACCCCGCUCUUCAGUCCGACCAAGAGGCGGCAGCCUUGCACCGUCACGUGCGAUUUGCCAGCAUCAACGACAACCUGAACAGCCUUGAGCGCGUGCUUGCCAAGAGCGGCUGGGCGCUGCAGACUGCCCGCACCUCCCGCCGCUCUCACACGUCACGUUCGGAAGAUGGUGAGGACGAGAGCGCCUACGUGCCACUACUGCGCAACUUCAGCGCCACGUGUCCGCUUGACGUUGCCGAGUGCAUUCGGCGCUGGAGGACGGAGCAGCACUUCGACAUGUCCACUGAGCUGGAGGCACGGCUGAUGGGUGCACUGCAGGAGCUUGGUACAUGCUACCAUGGGCCGGCACCGGUCGCUUUUAACAGCUGUUUCGCGCUGGAUCGCUUGCUGGACGUGCUGACUCACAUUGACACGGUGUGA